AAAACACACAUGUGAAGUUGAUUUGCCUUGACCUGCACGUACUCUCCAACAACUCCCUCGUCACUGAUCUCUGGCACACCCUUCUUUACUUUUUCUCUGUUCUUACUUCUUACUUACCACGCACAGUUACCUUAGCUUCCUCAUUUAUAUAUAUACACAGUUAUACACUACCUCUUCAAUCUCAUCAAUCAUAUACUAGUUGCAGAAAAACCAAACGCAACUAUGGCUUCCCCUUCUGUUUUCACAGCAUGUGAAUCUGCUGGUAAUAGCAGCGAGGAAAUCAAUUGGGAUGAAAUUGGGUUUGGCAUAAUUCCAACGGAUUCCAUGUAUUUGAUGAAAUGCCCCACAGAAGAAGAUACUUUCUCCGACGGAAGCCUCGUCCCAUAUGGGAAUCUAGAGCUCACCCCUUCUGCUGGAAUCCUAAAUUAUGGUCAGGGCGUCUUUGAAGGGCUAAAGGCAAACAGAACCGAAGAUGGGCGUAUACUUCUGUUUAGACCAGAAGAGAAUGGUAGGCGCAUGAAGACUGGAGCAGAUAGAAUGUGCAUGCCAUCACCAUCUGUUGAGCAAUUUGUAAAUGCUGUGAAGCAAACUGUGCUUGCCAAUAAACGUUGGGUUCCUCCUCUGGGGAAAGGAUCACUGUAUAUUAGGCCACUGCUUAUGGGAACAGGAAGUGUGUUAGGCUUAACGCCGGCACCUGAAUACACCUUGCUUGUCUAUGCUACUCCUGUCAAAACCUAUCACAAAGGUCCAUUGAACUUGGUAAUCAAGGAUAAGCUGUACAGAGCCAUCUCUGGGAGUGGAGGAACUGGAAGGAUCAAGAGUGUGGUUAACUAUUCUCCAGCUUAUAAGGCACUGAAGGAAGCAAGAGCCGAAGGGUUCUCCGAUAUCUUAUAUUUGGAUGCAGCAACAGGAAAAUUUAUUGAGGAGCUUUCUUCAUGUAAUGUCUUCCUUGUGAAGGGUAAUGCCAUCUCAACUCCAACAGCCGAAGGGAAUAUUUUGCCUGGAAUCACACGGAAAAGCAUCAUUGAAAUUGCCAUUGAUUUGGGUUAUGAGGUAAUGGAACGUGCAAUAUCAGUGGAGGAGUUAAUGGAGGCUGAUGAAGUGUUCUGCACCGGAACUGCAGUCGGCGUCAAUCCUGUUUUAUCUAUCACUUACAAUAACACCAGAGCUGAAUAUAAAGCAGGAGCAGAAGCAGUUUCUCAAAAACUGUGCCAAACCUUAGUUGGUAUCCAAACAGGACAAGUUGAGGACGCAAGGGCUUGGACUCUUCAAAUUGAAUAAGCCAUCGCAUUCCAUAUAUGAUCUGUCUAUGUUGUAUUAUUUGUUUUUCCUACUCAUGUUUCCUUCUGCAUUUGAACAUCAUUUUGCUAUUGACUAAUUCAAUGGAUUUAUAACGCAAGACAGAAAAAAAGAUUUUAUUUCAUA